AUGACACAACCGAGAACACAUAAACAGGCGAAGAUUAACUUCCUCUCCAUUAACGCCAGAGGCCUUAAUCAACCCGAAAAACGCUCCCAGGCGCUGCGCCACUUCCACAGUCAGAAGUCUCACAUAGUGUUCAUUCAGGAGACACACUUUAAGGAAGGUCAGACUCCUAGGCUGACAGACAGAUAUUACGCACAAUGUUUCCUCAGCAAUAAUCCAGAAAGGAAAUCCAAAGGCACAGCCAUUCUGAUACACAAAUAUCUACACUUUGCACCCACGGCAGUUUUGAGGUACGACCACGGCCGAUAUGUCUGUGUUAAAGGAGCAAUUGCAAAUCGCACCUACACACUCGCCAACCUCUACGCCCCUUACAACCGCCAACACCACUUCAUAAGAAAGGUGGUAAAAGCAAUAGAGAAGUUCGCAGAGGGGUGCCUGAUCCUAGGGGGUGACCUGAACGUGGCCCUGCGGCCAACACUAGACACAUCCGCUAGAUCCUUGACAAUACCACAACAUGUAUUGACCAGUAUAACGAAGACCCUCACUGACCAGCGCCUGGUAGGCUGCUGGAGAACUAUGCACCCAGAGGACAGAGACUUCACCUUUUUACUCCAGCCCAAACAAGACGUACUCUAGACUAGACUAUUUCUUCAUCCAACACUAUUACUUGACUGACAUCAGAUGGUCCCACAUAGGCACCGCGACCUGGUCAGAUCACCCCCUGUCAUGAUGACAUUGACUUCACCACUGUACAGACCUACAUGCCGCAACUGGAGACUGAACAAAUCCCUUCUCAAUGGCCCACUGGUGACUGA